AUGUCGAGAGAGAUCGGGGAAAAAAGUGCGGAAACACCGCGUGACAGCGAAUCCGCUUCCAUCUCAUCAGGCCCCGGCAGAACUGUAAUGACGGCGCCGGCGCGAGAUUGCCUGCCAAUUGAGUUACCGAUGGGAAAUGGACGAGCACUUCGUAACGCCAUAGGAUUUCAGAUGGACUGGGGUGACGUGUUUACCAUUCACUUCCAUUUAUUUAGU